AGGGAAGAAACGGAAAUUUAUGAAAAAAAAAAAAAUUGUAUAUUUAAGAAAAUGUUAAAGUAGUACUAAAUAUGGAUGUUGUAACCUUCGGAAUCAUAAUCGCCGUUAUCAUCCUCUUCUUAGUAAUUGUUUGCUACAUCACCAUCGAAGGUACCUGCAAGACACGCUCUUAGGUUGUCCUGCUCCUACUUCUUCUACUGCUGCUACUACUGUUUGUUGCUACUUUCUAUCUCUCAAUUCAUGGCAUUGGGUAGAAAGCGUCUUCAAUUGACAUUGCUCCUUCUGGGUUUGGUUCUUGGGUCCUGUUUGGAUCUGGGAACAGGGAAUCAGGGUCACUCUCAUUCUUCUGGUUUCUGUGCCCAUCAUGACCAUGAACCCCAUGACCACGACCAUAAGUGUGGAGAAGGGCAUGACCAUGUUCAUCAGAAAAUUAGUAAAAUGACUUUUGGGUCGGAAGAGGAGGACGAGGAGGAUAUGGAACUAUACGAAUUUGGUUCACCACAUCACCAUGACCAUGAUCAUGAUCAUGAGCACCACCACUCCAUUGGGGAUACAGACCUAUCCGGUUUAGGCCUUUGGUUGAAUGCGUUGGGCUGUUCAUUUCUUGUGAGCAUGGCUUCUCUUAUCUGCUUGAUUAUCCUGCCUGUAAUCUUUGUACAAGGGAAACCAUCCAAGGCUUUUGUUGAUUCAUUGGCAUUAUUUGGGGCAGGAGCCAUGUUGGGGGAUGCUUUUCUUCACCAAUUACCGCAUGCUUUUGGCGGUGAACACUCCCAUUCUCACGGUAGCCAUGCAGACCAUGGCCAUGAUGCUAGUUCUGGACAUGGACAUUCACAUUCUUUAGCUGAUCUUUCUACUGGAAUAUCCAUUCUAGCUGGAAUUGUACUCUUUCUUCUUGUGGAGAAGAUAGUGAGGUAUGUUGAAGAAAACUCUAGAGGAGCUAAUUCAUGGUCCCAUGGACACCACCAUCAUAACCACAACAGUACGAAAAAACUGAAAGAUGAUAAGGUAUCACAUGACUCUUUGAAGGGAGAUAAUCCAGCUCAACCUGAAUCCUCACUUAGAAAGAGAAUCGGAAGCAGUGCAGCCAAAGAUGAUAAUCUCAAUGCCGGUGCUGUAGAUAGCUCCACAGAUAACAUCAAAUCCUUGAAUGUUAAGGAACCAGUUAAAUCAUCAACAAGUCUAGUGUUUGGUUAUCUCAAUCUUUUCUCUGAUGGAGUUCAUAAUUUCACCGAUGGAAUGGCAUUAGGAAGUGCAUUCAUGCUUUAUGGAUCUGUUGGCGGCUGGUCUAGAACUCUGUUUUUGCUGGCACAUGAGCUUCCUCAAGAGGUUGGUGAUUUUGGUAUUCUGAUAAGAUCUGGAUUCAGCAUACCUAAAGCUCUGUUCUUCAACUUUUUAUCAGCACUUGUAGCACUUGCAGGAACUGCAUUGGCUCUGCUCUGGGGGAAAGAUCCUGGACAGUCAUCUCUGAUUGAGGGUUUUACCGCAGGUGGAUUUAUAUACAUCGCGAUUGCAGGAGUGCUUGCAGAAAUGAAUAGCAGUGGGAAUACCACAUUGAGAAGUACAGCCAUCCAAAUAAUCUCACUGACAAUGGGCAUGUCUGUUGCCCUUGGUAUUUCCCUUGUAGAAUGAAUUAAAUGUACUCUCUUAGGUUUCCAUAUCUUGAUUCUUGAUGUGCCAAUUAUUUCACAAAAUUUAUGCAACCUCUCUAAAUUUAUUUCAUUAUAUUUGCUUUUGUGCUAAAAAAAGGAGGCGAACCGGAGUAGUGAUAAAACUGUUCCUUCAUGACUAAAAGGUCGUGGGUUCGAAUCCAGGAAACAGCCUCUUUGCAAUUAUGCAAGGAUAAGGCUGCAUAUAAAGAUUU